AUGUCAUCGAGAUAUAGGGUGGAAUAUCAUUUAAAGAGUCACCGCAAGGACGGGUUUGUAGACUGGAUUAAAGGUUUGCUGGCCACACCUUUUGUGCUGCAUGCUGUGUCGCACGAUGUGGAUGAUUUGACCACCACACAGCGAGUUAGGUCGCAAUACGCAGAGAUUUUUAAGGAUAUUCAGAAUCUAGUGGCUAACAAGAUUGAUUUCGACUCAAGAAAUGGUCAAUUGGAGGAGAAUGAUGAUACUGAAGUGAGGUAUGACCUUAUGGGCAAGUCCCGGUUGAAUCAGCUAGUUCCAACGAUUGGUAGUUUUUUCACUGAAUUGCCCCUUGAAAAGGCAUUCUUGUGGGAGGAUUCUCAGAGGGGGAUCUCGGAGCGUAGGAUGGUUGCACCAAGUUUUAACGAUGUGAGAAGGAUCCUUAAUACCGCGCAGAUCUUUUAUUUCGUCGAUAAGAGAAGAAAGUAUCACCACAACCAAUUGAAAUUGGUGACUUUUGAUGGUGACGUUACGCUUUACGAAGACGGAGGAUCUCUUAAUUCGUCUAGUCCAGUGAUCUUCUACAUUGUGAGGCUUCUGGCGGCAAACAUUCGUGUCGGGAUCGUUACAGCGGCCGGAUAUGAUGAACCUGUACAGUAUGAACAUAGAUUAAAGGGACUUAUUGUGGCAGUUCAUGAUGCAUCUGACCUGACAAUGGAACAGAAACACAAUUUAACCGUAAUGGGUGGUGAAUCAAAUUAUUUGUUCCGGUAUCAUGAAAAUGAUGAAGGCGAAUUUGGAUUUCAAACUGUAGAACAGGGAGAAUGGUUAUUGCCCCAUAUGACUGAGUGGAAAUUGUCUGACAUGGAUCAAACACUAGAUUUCGCAGAAAAGACGUUAAAAAGUUUAAGAGAUAGGUUACAUUUGCCUGGGGAGACUGUAAUUGUGAGAAAGAAGAGAGCUGUUGGGAUAGUGCCAGGUGAAAAAUUUGACGUUGCGACUCAAAGUCAGGUCCAAGUCAAGCUCGAAAGGGAGCAGUUGGAAGAAGUGGUUCUCACUUUACAGACAACUUUGGAGACUUUCCCACCUGCUAGACGUAUAAAAUUUAGCUGUUUUGAUGGUGGAAGUGACGUUUGGUGCGACAUAGGUGGUAAGGAUUUGGGUUUACGUGUACUUCAGAACUACUAUAGUCCUCAUGAUCCAAUAAAACCAUGUGAGACACUCCAUGUGGGUGAUCAAUUUGCGCCUGUUGGAUCAGCGAAUGAUUUCAAGGCCCGUUUGGCUGGUUGUACUUUAUGGAUCGCUUCGCCAGCUGAAACUGUAACGAAUCUACGUAGACUAUUGGCCGAUUAG